AUGUCCGCUAUCCAGAACCUGCACUCUUCUGACCCCUUUGCUGAUGCACGUGCAGGUGAUGACCUGCCUCCUGCUGGCACUGAGGACUAUAUCCACAUAAGAAUUCAACAAAGAAACGGCAGGAAGACCUUACAACUGUCCAAGGGAUCACUGAUGAUUACAAUUUUAAAAAAACUAGUGAAGGCGCUUAAGAAGAAAUUUGCCUGCAAUGGUAUUGUAAUUAAGCAUCCAGAAUAUGGAGAAGUAAUUCAGCUCCAGGGUGACCAGCGCAAGAACAUAUGCCAGUUCCUGACAGAGACUGGACUGGCUGAGGACGAUCAGCUGAAGGUUCAUGGGGUUUAAGUGCUUGUGGCUCU